ACCUCCUGAAGCCUCGAGUCCGAGGUGCAGUAACAAGAAACCCGUGGCGAGGGGUGCGCAGGGCAGCUCCCCUUUGUUUCUUGCCUCCCACACUUGACCCAUCCGACUAGCAGCUGCACACCGGUGCUGGAACGCACUAGAUGGGCUCGAGUAAGCUGUGGCUUCCACGUGGAGAUGGCAAACCAGGGACCAGAGCUGGGAUAGAGCGCGGCUGGACUCACGUGUACCCCCCAAACUCCGGAACUUUGGGACCCGGCCGCGAGGGGUGGCGAGGGACUGAGCUUGAGACGACAGAUACCUUUGUGCCCUGUUGUCCCGGUUUCGAAGGUGGCACAAGUUUCCAGCUUGGUACCUGAUACUUAUGGGGGACGUCUCAGCAAUUGGGCAGUGGGUUUUGGAGCACGAGCCUUCCCCACCCCCACCCCAAAUCUCUCGAUCUCUCUCCUUCUCUCUGCCUCAGUUUCUCAGUAAAAGAAGCUGUGUAAGAAAGCAGCUUCCAGGCCCGAAGGUUAUAAAGUUGCAUUUACUUGUCCCAACUUCUUUCCCAGUUUGGUUCAAAUCCCUUGGCUGCACAGGAGAAUGGAAACUCGGGCAACGCGAAGUAGAGUGACCCACAGUCCCGGGACGGGGGCCAUCCGGGUUGGUGGGGGCGAGACGGCCCGCGCGGGGGUGCUAGUGCCGCGCAGCUCCAGCCCCGGGUUACCCCGCGGCCCCGCCCCUAUCUGGUGGGAAACUUGGGCUCCUCCUCCUGGUCGUCUUCAUCUCCGGGAACCCAGCCCAGGCCCGGCCUCCCGGACAAACACCAAAAGCUCACGUAGUCGGUGGCAGCGGCCUCCCUGCCACCUCCCCCUAGUGUCUCCGAUGCGGCCUGCGAGUUGCCGAGGGGGCUUCUCCGCCGCCGGAAAGGGUUCUGACCUAUCCAUCUAGCCCCAUGAUGGCUGUGGACAUAGAGUACAGAUACAACUGCAUGGCCCCAUCCUUGCGCCGGGAGCGGUUUGCCUUCAAGAUCUCCCCCAAGCCCAGCAAGCCGCUGAGGCCUUGCAUUCAGCUGGGCAGCCGGAACGAAGCCAGCGGGCUGGUGGCCCCCACGGUGCAGGAGAAAAAGGUGAAAAAGCGGGUGUCCUUCGCAGACAACCAAGGACUGGCCCUCACAAUGGUCAAAGUGUUCUCGGAAUUUGAUGACCCGUUAGAUAUUCCCUUUAACAUCACCGAGCUCCUAGACAACAUUGUGAGUCUGACGACAGCAGAGAGCGAGAGCUUUGUUCUGGAUUUUUCACAGCCUUCUGCAGAUUACUUGGACUUUAGAAAUCGACUUCAGGCCAACCAUGUCUGCCUCGAAAACUGUGUGCUGAAGGACAAAGCCAUCGCGGGCACCGUGAAGGUGCAGAACCUGGCAUUCGAGAAGAUCGUGAAAAUCAGAAUGACAUUUGACACCUGGAAAAGCUUCACAGACUUUCCCUGUUGGUAUGUGAAGGACACUUACGCUGGUUCAGACAGGGACACGUUCUCCUUUGACAUUAGCUUACCUGAGAAAAUUCAGUCUUAUGAAAGAAUGGAGUUUGCCGUGUGCUACGAGUGCAACGGCCAGGCCUACUGGGACAGCAACAGGGGCAAAAACUAUCGGAUCAUCCAGGCUGAGUUGAAAUCCACUCAGGGAACCGUGGAGCCACAAAAUGGACCGGAUUUUGGAAUCUCCUUAGACCAGUUUGGAAGCCCCCGGUGUUCCUACGGUCUGUUCCCCGAGUGGCCUAGUUACUUAGGAUAUGAAAAGCUAGGGCCCUACUAUUAGUGAGUGCAGUUCACAGGUGUGUGGCCCCGGUCACCAUGCAAUGGAGAAGCCAAGAGAAGAGCCGAAUGAACUGCUAUUUGGCCCAGUUUUCACAAAGAAUCCUGUCUAUUUUUUUUCUUAAACCAGCACAUUCAGCCAGGUUUAGAUCAUAGAACUGGUUUCUCAUUCAGAGGGUUCGCUGGGUCCUCUGUGGCACCCAAGGUGGCCACUUGGGAAUGAGCAGGAUGCUGCCAGAAAGAGUCAGGUAGGAACCAAGCCUGUGGGCAGUGUGGCGAGGCCGGAGGAGCCUGACCUCUUCUCUACACCCAGAUGUGGGAAGCAGUCACUCCCAUCAGACCCUCUCCAUCCACGUCUGGGUUCUCUGCAUCCACCAGGUCUUUUCUGCUGCUGCUGUUCAUAUCUACUCAGAAGCACCCCUUAUCUCUGUGCUGUGACACAACAGCCUGACAUCCUGACACCCAUUUGUAAGAACAGCUACAGAAGAGAGAUGGGAUCUGCUCAUUUUUUGUGCAAAUUAUGUUUUGCAUUUCAUUUUUUUCCACCGUUCAUCCAGUGUUCAGGAAAAGAUAAUAAAGGCUUUGUGACAGAGGCAGGAAUUUCCUCCUCCCGUCUUCCUGAACCUACAUCCAUAUUCCACAGAGAGCAACACACCAUUAAGGAAAGUCACUGGCUCCUGUGUGGGGUCGCAGAUUGCAGGGUUAUUACAAGGCAGGACAGUCAUGAGUUUUAGCUUUUCUUCUUGGCUUUUGGGGGAGCUUUCUAAGCACUUACUUUCACCCCGAGUCACCAGAAGGCUCAAUGACAAGAUUUGUUUUCACUUGCUUGGCUGCUUUGCAAGCCUCAUUCUUUACAGAAGAAUUGUAGAUCUCAUUUCCUGGAGAGUCAUCUUUUAGGUUGUGUUUGGGACACUUGAUUUGCAGAUCCAGCAUAUCCUCAAAGCCUUCAGAAAAUGUUUGGUUUUAUUUUGACUGUGAUAUACAAUAUCCAGGACACUUUACAAGCACCCAGGGACAUUGAUUUGGGUGUUCUUAUUUAUGGUGUGUGAAUAUGUAAAGGGAUAGGGGAGAAAAACCUCACUACAUUCUCAUAUGUUAUUUUAAAAUGUUUGCCAACUCUGAAAUAUCAGAGAUUAAUUAUUUUUAACCAUAUUGGACUAAAGUAUGUUGGUUAAUGCUAUUGUGAGACUCCUGGGACAUUCAUUGUCAGGUGGAUCCUCCAAACCUGUGAUUUUUCUUGGGUAGGAUUGGUUUUUAAAUUAGGAGUAUAUGAAAAAUAUGUUUUCAUGUAUAUUUGUAGAAAUCUGAAUUUUUUUUUCUGGUUUUUGUUUGUUUUUGGAGUUGGGUUAAAAGACUGUUCAAUUCUCUUUUUUGCCUGAUUUUACGAAAGUGUGCGUCGUUGCCUGGAUUCAGGGGCACAGCUGCUGGACUUGCCAAGCAGAGUCUCUAGCUUGAAUUUUUCCAGAAUAAUUAAAAACGACCUCCUGAUUUGUGACUUUGUACAUUGAUAUCAGGCAGACAUUGAGUGCCUUCGCUCCUAGAGUUUUGUGGUUGGGUUUUUUUGUUUUGUUUUUAGUUUUUCAUUUUUGAACUUUAAAAUGUUUUGACUUUUUAAAUGCUCAGUGAUAUUUGGUAUAAUCCUUGUUCCUAAAACUGGCUGUUACUAGUCUUCAAUCUAGUGCUUAGUUUUUUUUUUUUAUGCCUCUUCCAAGUGGGUUACAUUCUGAUUACAUGAUAAUAUAAUUUAUGAGGAAGUCACAUUUUUAUUUUAUGGCUGAUAUUGGGCAGGACUGUGUUUUAUCUAAAUAUACCGUACUACAUCAGGUACUCAGAUGGUACUUGACAUGUUACAAAUUUGGUGGUCAGAGCUAUUAAUAGCAUAAGUCUAAGUCAAAUGGCAGCAAAACUGAUCUCAUGUAGGUCAUGAAUUUUGCUUUGUGUUAAUAAGUGUCACGUCCCAGUCUAGGAAGGGAACAAGGCACACUGUUAUUUACAGGUCACCAAAAUAAGGAUCAUUCCAUGUUCAGAAGAAAGGAGCCUCAACUGGUUCUAGAAGAAAGCCUGUUGGUUUUAUGUAAUAAUGAUCCUAAGACAUUCCCUUGUCAAAUUUGAAAUAUAAUAAAUUCAGUGAUAAGCAUCUCUUCCCUUUUUUCCUCCCAGCCCACCUCAGCUUUUAUUUGCUGGGAGGCACUGGCUGCAAGCCCCCAGUCUGCACACCUGGGGUGCUUACCCCACCGCUCAGUUCAGAAGGCAAGUCCUCACCUGCUUUCCAAAGAGCCUUUUUCUCCAAUGAAAGAAUCUGCUUGCCUGACUUCUGUCAUCAGGGCUGUCAUUUAUUGGGGUAGAUGUACCUGAAGAACUGUCUGUGUCCUCAUGGCAGUCUUUCUCCAUUUGGCCUGGUCUGUCCCAUGAUUCUCAAAUGACCUCAAGAAUCUCACUGAGGGACUCUGCCCUGAUCUCAUAGCUCACCAUCAAUGGAUAAGGCCUUCACACUUCAGAGGGUGAUCAGUUCCUUAGAUGAAAAUUUCACUACAGCCUGACCUUUGGACUUCCCUUCACACAGCUCUUGGUUAUGGUGACGAAUAGCCCCAGUCGCCUUGUCCUUCCCAGGUUGCCCAGAAGGACCUUGUCCAGAACUGUGUUGUCAGAUGCAAUACUCUAGCAAUGGGGAAACAAUGCCAUUUUUGUUUCAUAUUAUUUCCCAAAAUGCCCUGGGGUGCUUUUGCAAAUUGGAUGCAGUAAAUAAGACGGACUAUCUAGAUAUGUAAUAAGCUUUCAGUGUUUCUUGGAUGAUAUGAAGCAUGUGAGUGGGUUUAAAAAAAAAAUUUCUCAUUAGAGGAAAACUGGUUAGAAACGGAGCUGUGCAGUUCCCUAGAAAUUAAAACAAUCUGAGUCCAGGGUGGAAUUACUUUAUCUCUGAGAUUUAAUUUUAAUGAUUAUAAAAAAAAUAAUAGGUUUUUUUUUAUUUAAAGAUACACAUUUUGAACUGCUUUGUGGAUUUCGAUCUUUGCAUAUCCUUUGCUUUUUUUAAAAAAAUCAUUAUGUGUAGACAUUUGGAUAUUAAAUGAGCUAUGUGUGCUCAUUUUUUUUAGAAGUGUCCCGUCUUCCCUCUCAUUGGACAAUGAAUGACAACUUUGAUUGUCUUUCAUUUGUUUCUGCUUUUAAAAUCUCUCCCCUGGAUGGAGGCCUGGUAGCUCUUUGUUCUGGGGAAGUCUGUAUUUAAUUGCCCCUCCUGACAUGAUGGACUGAAAUUGGAGAUGAGAAGUUACACACAGUAAUGGGAUCUUACCUACAAUGGGAUCUUAUAGGGUCACCUGAAGCAAUUUGGCAGCUUAUCUUAAUUUCCUGAAGUGGGAUGACACAUUGGGGACAGGCUGUUUUUCCUGGUCCUGGUUGUGAAGUAUUGCAAUGCAAGUCACAAAGCAACCAAUCUGAGUUUUUCUGCUGAUCCGUUCCUAGAGAUUGCUGGGCCUGUGAGGACCUGGAGACUGCAGCUCUGAUGUUUCACUUCGACUUCAAUGUGAAUGUAGAACUGAGGACUUGUCUUCAUUUUAUGCCUAGAAGUGCCUUCUGGAGAAAUUUCUGCAUGUUUUUUUAAAAAAAAAUAAAUAUUUUUGUACACAAAGAGGAAUUGCACUUUAAAAUCACAAGAAUGACUUUUUGGUUUUUUUUUUUUUU